AUGGAGAAGGAACAGGAACGAAAGCAGUGGACGAACACAGCGAGAUGGGAGAACACGAAGGCUCGCAGGCUCGAUUUCAUCGAUCGACCGCGAGAAGGUUCAUUUCCGGGGUUUGACGAGGCGAAGAAAGAAGAUGGGGAGAAGCAGCGAGGCUUCUUUCGUCCUCGUCUGGCUUUGAGAUGCGAAAGAGGGAAGGGUCCGAUGGGUCAAAGCAGUCAGCGACGGCAGGGUUGGUUUGGACCUGCUGUGAAAUCGGCGAAGGAAAGUGGAGACCAAGAGGGGUGCGAGGGGCUUUCUGGAAUUCGAUGUUCCGACAAUAACGGGUGGGAAGAAGCUGGAUUGAAUGGGAAAGAUGAAGCAGCAACAACAAUGGUCUUCAGGCGUGUUUGGCUGGUUAAAUCGACGGGAAGUGGUGGAUGGGACAACGGAAUUCCGGCGAGUCCCUUUUGGGCCUACUCCUCGUCGCCGGUAGUAGCAAAAAGGGGGUGUUUGUGGGUUUCUUGUCGACUGUCAAAGGGGAAGGAAGAGGUGGUACAUUGGUGAGUGGGAGUUGGCAGUCCUCCUUCCGCCCUUCGUUUUUCCGGCGACCCAAAUGAGUAAAGCUGAGAGAGAUUGUGUGUGGGAGAUGUGAAGUAUCAUUGCCAGCUGCAACUAUCAUCUCUAAUAGAUUUCGACAAAAAUUUGGUUUGAUCUUUGCGUGCAACUAUGUGUGUAUGUGUUUAUGUGAGAAAAGGGGAUCGAAAGUGAGGGGAAGAUUUGGAAUUGUAUAAGAUUUGUUUAUCAAGAUUUGAGC